AUGGCUUUUCUGAAUAACUUUGGGCGGCGUCAAAUAGUCAUUGGCUGGCCACAAAUCAUGCAUACCAAAUUUGAAGAUGAAAAGGGCUUUAUAGAGGAUUGGAAGGAAAACCACUGCAGAAGAAUAAAAAUCCUAGGGGACUGUUACUACUGUGUAUCAGGAUUGACCCAGCCCAAAACAGAUCAUGCCCAUUGCUGUGUUGAAAUGGGACUGGAUAUGAUUGACACCAUCACAUCUGUUGCAGAAGCCACAGAGGUUGAUCUCAACAUGAGAGUUGGAUUGCAUACAGGCAGGGUGCUUUGUGGGGUCCUGGGUCUCCGAAAAUGGCAAUAUGAUGUCUGGUCAAAUGAUGUGACUUUAGCUAAUGUAAUGGAAGCUGGAGGACUGCCUGGGAAAGUUCACAUUACAAAGACCACCUUGGAGUGCCUAAAUGGGGACUAUGAGGUAGAACCAGGAUAUGGUCAUGAAAGGAAUAGUUUCUUGAAGAAGCAUAAUAUUGAAACAUAUUUUAUUGUGCCAUCCCAUCGUAGGAAGAUAUUUCCUGGACUGAUUCUUUCAGACAUUAAGCCUGCCAAAAGAAUGAAGUUCAAGACAGUCUGCUACCUGCUUGUUCAACUCAUGCACUGUCGUAAGAUGUUCAAAGCAGAGAUCCCUUUCUCCAAUGUCAUGACGUGUGAGGAUGACGAUAAGAGGAGAGCAUUAAGGACAGCCUCUGAAAAACUCAGGAAUCGUUCCUCUUUUUCUACCAAUGUUGUAUACAACACUCCAGGAACUCGAGUAAACAGAUACAUCAGCCGUUUGAUAGAGGCCCGGCAAACAGAGUCUGAGAUGGCUGACUUGAACUUCAUUACCCUGAAGUAUAAGCAAAUUGAGCGUGAAAAAAAAUACCACCAGCUUCAGGAUGAGUACUUCACCAGUGCUGUAGUUCUCUCACUAAUUCUAGCUGCCUUAUUUGGCCUUGUCUACCUUCUAAUAAUACCACAGAGUACCGUAGUUCUUGUUCUCCUGGUGUUCUGCAUAUGCUUCCUAGUGGCUUGUAUUAUGUACCUACAUGUCACACGAGUACAAUGUUUUCCAGGGUGCCUGACAAUACAAAUUCGUACCAUUUUGUGUAUUUUUAUUGUGAUCUUAAUAUACUCCGUGGCUCAAGGAUGUGUGGUUGGCUGUAUGCCUUGGGUUUGGAAUACCAAUUCCAGCAGUUCAAUAGUCAUCAUUUCUCCUGGUGGAACAAAUAAAACAAUGAACGAACUUCCAUGUGACACAGCCCACUAUGCUUUCCUUUCCUGUGUAGUGGGGACUCUCACCUUGGCAAUAUUUCUACGUGUAUCUUCCUUGCCAAAAAUGAUUCUCCUGCUUUUUGUUACAAUUUUGUACAUAGUUAUUCUGGAACUCAGUGGUUAUAGAAAAGCAGUGGGGGGUGGCUCCUUUUAUAUGCGUGGCUAUGAACCAAUACUAGCCAUUUUGCUAUUCUCUUGUGCUUUGGCACUGCAUUCCAGACAGGUGGACUUGAAGCUGCGUCUGGACUACCUCUGGGCUGUGCAGGUAAGUCAUAGGACUUUUCUUUCUAGUAUCCAUGCACACAAAAUUUGCAAAUACUUUCAGAACAAAUUA